UUUUCACAUUACAGCAUUAUGGAUUGUAUAAAUUUUUCCAAAAAAAUUUGCUAUUUUAAAAGUGAAAAAUAUGCUCAUUGUUCAACUGGUCACACUUAACCUCGGAUAGAACGUUUAGCAUUUCAGAACUUUGAACAUCUAUCUGCGUUGAGACUUCAAAAUUGACCUCAUUCAGUCAUACUCUGCAGUCAGGCAGUGUGCAGAAGAAUUUGAUGCAUCUCGAGUCAUACUCUCAGCUCUAUAUUGUAGUUAAAUAUGAUCGUCAUAACGAUGCUAGUAAACAUUUUGAUGAAUGAAUUUUUUAUAUCAUGAAUCUUUUAUGGGAAUUUUAUAGAAAUUAUAACCUAGUGACAGCAAUAUUAACAAAAAUAAAUAACUGGCUAGGGAUAUAAAUCAAAUAAGUACAAAGCACCCCAUUUUCAACCACAGAGAGUGUACAACUUGCACUCUAGCUUUCGUAUGGCUGGAAUUUUUAUAGUGUGUGCAUACAUAUUUAUAACAAUAACUGAAUAAUAAUUUUUGUCUAAACAAUAUUAGUAAGCUACACCGAAUACAAGGUUAUUUUUCUGUAAUAUCUCCCUGGUUGGAAAACGCUGCUGUAACAGCUAUGCAUUUUUAUCAAGUUGCUAUUAUUGCGAGAGGCAGCAUGAACUAAUUACACAUUUGGUACAAUUUUGGAUGUACUCGCCAGUUUGCAAAAAAUCUUGAUUUGAAAUUUUCCUCAUUGGCUAUUUUUUGAAAUUUUUUCUUAUUGGCUAAACCUUUUCGUAAUUUAUCCAAGUUUACCUAAAAUGGAAUUUUUAAAUUGCAAUUUGUUAGUGAUUACGUUAGUAUGGAAUUCUCAAGUUUACGCUGUAAAUAAUAACCAAUUUGUCCGUAAUAUAUUGUUUUGAAAUUAGUUAUAACAUACUUUGUUUUUAGGUUAUUUACCUUAUUGCCAAAUCAGGCUUUCUAAAUUUGAAAGUGACCAAUAAUUGCUAUUCUAAAAUAGCCUUAUCAAAUUUAUUGUCCAAAAUUUUUUUGAUGAUUCAAAGCAAAGAAAACUAGGAAGGUUUGAAAUCAACCUGAAAUGAAAAUUCUGGAAUCUGGUUCUUAAAAGAAGUACAUCGGAUCAAUUUUCAUCUUUUUAAUUGCGGAAAAUGUAUAUACACUGUUUCGUGAAAUAGUGAAAUAACAUUUUUCAUGAAGCGAUUUUAUGCAACCAAGUGUUGAAUCAAGCUUUGUAUUUAUGAUAAUUUCAUGUCAAUGCUGGAACUGAUACGAGAACUAAUUGUUCAUCGAUAAAUUCUCAAAUCCAAAAUGUCUGGAGCAAGCAAAGGUAGAAAGUCAAAGAAUGUGAGGCCGGGGUCGAAGAAGAAUUCUAGCCAGAAUCAAAGUCCGCCAUAUGAAGGAGCAUAUGGAAAUGCACGUCUGGUUCAUGUUCUUCUGUCUCUCGUGGGAAAGAAAUGCCAGGCUAAAGUAAAAAAUGGUGGUUCCUAUGAAGGGGUUUUCCAUACUUUUAACCCAAAGAUGGAUGUUGCACUCAAUGUAGUACAUAAAUGUGAUAAAAUGUUGAAUCACAAUCCAACAACAAAUGGUAUUGAUUCUAAUGAGGGCAAUGAUUGUCCAAAAGAAGAAGAAUUGAUUGAGGAAAUGCUAUUUCCAUCUGAAAGUCUCGUGUCUGCAAGUUUUGAAGAUGUCGAUAUGUCUUUUGCUACACUUGAAGUCAACGAAACAAAUGGAGAAUCGUCAAGCCUACAACGGUCUAAUUUCAAAAGUGGUGAGAAAAAAUUAGAGCCAUGGAAUGGAGGUGGCGACACAGACCCUCUAACAAUUGGGGGAUUAGAAGGGGGUUUGGGUAGUGAUGGCACCAACGGCUGGGGUGCUGAUGAGAUGUUUAGAGCAAAUGAAGAAAAAUAUGGAGUCAAGUCUGACUAUGACUCAUCACUUUCUAAUUAUACAAUGCAAUUGGAUAUGAAAGAAACAAAUGAAGAUUCCAUUGCAAGAGCAACAAGACUUGCCCAAGAAAUAGAAUCUGGCAGUGAUUAUAAACGUAGAAUUGAUCUUGAACUUGAUGAUGGAAGAACAGAAGAAGAUAAAUUCAGUGCAGUUCGAGACAGCCGAAAAGAUAGAGGAUCUCGUGAAAUGAGAGAUAGAGAUCGCCGAGAUAUGAGAGAUAUUGGUGAGGGGGGAUAUCAUGAUAAAGAUAGAGGUGACCGCGAACGAGACAGAGACCGUGAUCAUCUGACAUCUCCCCAGGGAUAUCGCAAACAUGAUUAUGAAAGGUCCCAUAUACCAGGACGCAACAGGGGUCGUGGUCGAGACAGUUGGGACAAAAGGAACCAGCAAGGCUUCACUGGCUCCAAUAUGGGACCUCAUCGAUCAAUGGGCGGACCAGGUGGACAAUCUGGUGGAGGUGGUCGAAAUCAACCACCAAUGUCACCCAUGGACGGUCCACCUGGACAAGGAGGUUCACAAGGCAAAUACCGUGGUUCCUCGUCCGGACAAACUCAUCUGCCUCCAAGAUUUACAAAGACUGGUAGUGGAGGACAUUCAAGAGAAGAAGAGAGAAUGAGACAAAAUGAUAACAAUGCAAUGCACUCUCCAUACCAACCACCAAAAGGUCAAAGACAACCUCGUAUGCAGAGAUCAAACAUGGGGCGUCAACCAGCAUGGGGAGGACCCACAUCCCCACCAGCAGAUUAUCCACACCACAGCCCAACACAAUGCACCAGGAUCCUGCAGUUAUAUCGUCUGGGCCCUCAUCUGGAGUAGGUGGACCUCCAUUGAGUAGAUCAUCAUCAAACUCUUCUAAUACUUCGACACCAGUACAAAAUCAUCGUAAACAUCUGUCAACGUCGAGUCAGGAGGAACAGCCAACACCCCAACAUCCCCCAACACAGCAACACCACCAACACC